UCGACAUCGUAAUGUCGUAACCUCUAAACCUGAAUUCUAAGUUAUCCAGUGAUCUUAACAUCGAGCCAUAAUCUCCAAAGAAAACAUUUCCAAUAAAAAUGCAUCAUUCAUCGAGUCCAGAAUUGCAAAUUGUGUGAAUUGUUGAUCCAACUUUGAAAUUGCCGUCUCUUUCACAUACACACAGUUGCAUCCUUCCUCCUCACCGCACAGGUACGAUCGAUGAUUUGCAAGUUUUACCUGUCGACUACACAAAAAAAAAACAGGUUAAGUACACUCACGUACUACAACGCGAACGUUGUACGUUGUCCCCCACUGAAACGGUGUUAUCGGUCUCGAUUUUUUUUGUUCGCCACCCACGCAGUCGCCCAGUGACAUCGACUAUGUCGCCCGGUUGGCCAAAAAUAAACCUUUAACCCUUGAGCCGUGUGACGGGAUUCGGGAAACGUUAUCCGUCCCCUUAAGCUCCUUCCGAUACGGGCGACCCGUGCCGCAAACGUCAAAUUGCCGCACGUUAUCAGGAAAAACGGAAAAAUGUAGAGCACCACGCUAACCCAUCGACGCAACCGGUCACACUCUGUUGUCAUUAUCGCUGCGCCGAUGACGAUACCGGGACGAUGACAGGUCGCUUUCGAACCGCGCCUAUCCAGACGUUUCCCGGCGGUCUUGGAAGAGGUGAAGAACUUUGCUCCAAUCUCGCAAAAAAAGCCGAUGCGGAAGUGUGUACGAAGGGAUGGAAAGAUAGUCUCUGCUGGGUUUACGUAACGGUUGGAGUACGCUAGGUUCCGAGGAGGAAGUCAAUCAUAGAUCAAAUGUCAUGUAUCAAAUGUCGUGUAGCAUCUAAGUGCUAAGUCCAAUCGUAUAUAACACAGCUUCUGUAAAGGUUGGACGUGAUUCGAUUCCCAUCCGGAGCCGAACAUUAUCAGUGAUGAAUGAUGACAACUUCAUUGACGAGUAAAUUAUUGUGAUUAACGAUCACGAGCAUAUCUGGGUUCGUAUUUUAGCAGUGAUUGAAUUGUAUCGAUAAACUAAUGUUUACUGUGCAAAAGCAAUACACAGAAGCAAACUGUAUGUGUGCUUUACGAUGCACAGCAUUUGAGCGUUUAAUAUUUAUUAAACUGAAAUGACGUCAUUAAACCUCACGCCAACUAGCCCGAAGUUUUCAGCUUGAUAACAAUGUAAACAACCGCUAAUUCGCCGCAAGUUAGGCGCAUCUGAUGUCUCAUGAGACUGUCUGUAAGUCAACAAUUUUCGAGUCUAGUAGAUAUCAUGCUAAAUUCACAAGGUUUUUUUUUCUUUAUUUUUAUAGAGACUUUGAGCUAAUUGGCCUCAUUCGCCUAUCAAAAUUCGAAAGGUGCUUGAGCAGAUGUAUGAAAACUUGUACACUGUAUGAAACUUUUAUGGCGUAUGGAACGCCUAACAGUAUGCAAUAAAAGCAACACCACAUGUUUCGCAUCAAAUUCAAAUCACACCGUUGAAGCGUUACGGUGUAAAAUCAUUGCCACGGUUUUUUUUUUAGUUUUUGUGCACAUCUAAACAGCACAUCAAAGCAUCUUAAACCUAUUGAAGAAGAAACUGUUCAUCGCUUAACAGUUUAAGAACGGUCGCUCAUGCAAAGGGAAAGGCGAUUACAAAACACCACUUCCACCCUACUUUCGUGAGAGGUUAUUGAGAGAGGCCAAUUAGCACAACAACAACAAAAAAGUGAUUACCGGUGGCCUAUUCUGUUUCGUCCGCGCAGUGCAAGUAACGUGCACGCAGCCAGGAUGUUUUGGCUUUUUUGGUGCAGCCACGCACAUGUCACUUUGUGAUCGCGACGAUCACGCCACAGCCGUUUGCGGAGUUACGCAGCGUCUGCAGCCCUCGUAUCACGCAACACACACACAGACAAGAGCGAAACAUAAAACAUGUCCAUAAUGUAACACUCGGCGAGCCCUUCGGUUCGGCUCUGUCCGUUGCCGGAAGUGCCUGAGGAUCCCUAGCCUCCCGCACACUCACAAGCUCAAAAACUACGGCUCUAGAGAUGUGCACUUUGGAGCGCAUCCAAAGAGCCGAUCCGACUCCGGCUAACGUUAAGUCCGAUUUCGACUCCGGCAAAAUCCGAACCACUAGUUACGCACGGAAUCGGAGUCGCCCGGUGUCGUUUGGAGUCGUCUGGAGUCGUUCGGAGUCGUCUGUGAUCGAACCGAGUCGCUUGGAGUCGUCCGGAGUCAGCCGAAGGCAUUUGGAAUCGACCCGAGUCGCUUGGAGUCGUCCGGAGUCAGUUGGAGUCGGAGUCGUCCGGACUCGCUUGGAGUCGGAGUCUUUCGUCAUCGUCCAGAUUCGAUCGGAGUCGACCAGAAAUGGAGUCGGUCGGAGCCAACAGGAGCUGUCCAGUGCAAUGUGCUUGUUAUCAGGCAUUUAAUUUCGUUGUGUUUUGCUGUCUUUCUUUUUGCGCGUGCACUUCGUAUACAGGUCUUUGUUUCCAAGGCCGACUCUCGCUGACUCCGACUCCAACCAAUUCCGGACGACUCUGGUCGACUCCGGACGACUCCGACUCUGAAAGUGUUCGAACGACUCCAGAUAAUGCCGAAAUCCGUAGUCGGUUCCGACAUUAUCGGAGUCGCAUCGGAGUCGAAUCCGGGUUUUAGCCAACUUUACCCAUCACUGUACGGCACGCGUUUCUUGCGGGUGGUGUCUGGAGUCGCCCGCCACAGUAGGUCACAAUAGUGUGCUGGUAGAACUGUACGCUGUGUGUGUGCACCUUUCCAUCAAAAAUGCAAAAAAGGGUUUUCCACUCAGGCGCUUACCCUUUUCACACCAUCGCGCCACGCUCCGGAGCACGCGGCUCGCGGUCAGUUACGGAGCAGUGUUUUUGUGUGCGUUUUAGUUUUCGUCUGCUUCUUCUGCUUCUUUUUUUUUCGGUGAAUGCUCAAGGCAACCGUGUGUUGUGCGGUGCAGUGCGGCAGCGAUCACCGUCAGUUCGGUACCUUACCUCGGUCAGAACGCAGUGGCAGCACAAGCAGGCGGCCCGGAGCCGAAGUGAAGUGGCGCUGUCCGUCAGCGCGAUGCCCAAACAGCCGCGUCAGCUAGGAACCUGAGGUGACGGUGAUCGUGCAGAACAAAACAGUCAACCGACAACAAUCCACCAAAGGGAGCAAAAGCGCAACAAAGCUGCCUCCGUACGCCUCCACGGCCCGCUCCAUCAACUACUGUUGAAAUCCUAACGACCACUCCAGGCAGGGGGUUUCUGGCUGCCGUGUCUUCGAGGACGCCCUUCGCUUCCGGGAUUGCAGACACUGUGCUGUACAUGUGACUUUUGUGCAAGUGUGCGUGUGCGUGCGUGUGUGUUUUAUGCCAACGCAAUUCCGAAAGAUGGCAAGCUAUCUGUGCGAAUGAAAUAAAUCCUCCACCCGGUAAUCCGGUCCUCUGGUCACUUCUGGUGCAGGUUCGUCGUCUCGCGCCGCGCAGCAUCUCUGUGACCACGCAUAGGGGCAACAACAUCAACAACAACAACAGCAAAAAGACACGGAGCGCAUAUUCUCGCAGAAUUCCGCCAUCUCCAGCACUCAGUGCGUGUGUGUGUGUGUGUGUGUGUGUGUGGUGAGCGCACUGCAAUUAAGCAACUCUCCGCAGCCUCCCCUUCCCCACGGUGGUGCUGCACACACCUGUGAGGAACGCGAGCACGCGCGAGAAUGAGAAUAAAGCGUCUCGAUCCCUCGAGCGUACUUUGUGGCGUUUGCGCAGUUUUGCAGCCGUUUUUCCCGUCCCGACCGUCGACGGUAGUGGUGGAUGCUGAGGUUGCUGCUGCUGCUGCUGCUGCUACUGUUGGUGCCCAAAGUGCUCGAGUCGGUUGCGAUGUGUCGCGAUAAGGUGGUCCUGACGUUGCCGCGUGCCAUACUGCUGUGCCUUGCGAUCCUUGCCGGCGGUUCGUCGCUUGGUGCGGGAGGUGUGUCGCCGGUGAACGAUUCGUUGGCGGUAGCGAGCACCGGUUCGCGCGAUGCACGGUUCCUGGCGUUCGGCGAGGGGCUGACCAGCGAGGAGUUUAGUCUGUACCCGGUGCAGUGGGGCGAGCGGGGAGCAGGAGAAAGCACGGCCCGGUACGACGAUGGCAGUGAGCUGGUGCGGCUGGUCGAGGGCGGUUCGGAUCUGAGCCCCGACCCGUACGAGUUGAUUCGGUGGGAAAGUGACGCGAGCAGGUACGGGCAAGGUACAGGUGCAUAUCGGAAGCUGACCAGCGGUGACAUUUCGCGCACACCGUUGGACAGCACUGUCUUCCAGCAGGACGGCGAGCUGGGCGUCACGACCAGCUACUACCCGACGGCGGCCGCCCUCCAGUCGCAAGACGAACCGGUAGUGAUGACGGCAGCGCCGUCUUUGUCACGUGUUUCAGCAUUCGUGCGCGGUAUGCUGCAGCGCUUCGGCAUCUACCAGUACAUCGCGGCGUACCAGAGCAAGGGUGGUGGUAGCGAAAGUGGCAGUAGCAGUAGCACCACUUCCGGCCCUUCGUCGAACAUCCAGCGCGGCACACCGCACCGCUUUCGGCCGCACUUUGUCAACACGGCCAAGGGUCUGCGCAACAUACCGGCCCAGCUGAACGAUGGCCAGCUGCAACUGGCCCCGGAAGAGGGGGUGACCGGCAGCGACGGUUCGCUAGUGUCCGGCGGCCAGCCCGGACUGCAGACUGGCGGAGGCGGAGCGGGCAGUACGACCGGCAGCACUAGCAAGGCUCCUGGAAGCUCCGCGGGCGGUGGUGGCACCGGCGGCACGAUCAGCUCACUGUUCAACGCCUUCAAGCGCAAGGUCAAAGCCAUCUACCCGGGCACGGUGUGGUGCGGGGACGGCAACCAGGCAAAGAGCGAGAACGACAUCGGGUUCUUCUAUCUGACCGACAGCUGCUGCCGGGCGCACGAUCUCUGUCCCAUCACCAUCGCAGCCGGCGAGCAGUUCAAUCGGCUAAAGAACAAUGGCUACUUUACGCGAUCUCAUUGUGACUGUGAUAAACAAUUUUUCAACUGUCUGAAGAACGCCAACACGCUCGUUUCGCGCCAGAUCGGCUACACGUACUUCAACCUGCUGAAACCGCAAUGCUUCCGGCACGAGCAUCCCAAGCUGAACUGCACCAAAAGAAGCAAAGGCAAAUGCAUAUCUUAUGUCGUGGACGAGAAGCAGAGCAAGCGGUGGCAGUGGUUCGAUAAUCUCAUCUUUUAACCAGACCAAACGCGCAGUGUGGUGCGUGCUCUUACCUUCAGGUGCAGGUGCGUCUCGCCCGAAUUAAAGCCACCCUUUUGGAAGGGUUGGCAUGUUACACGCACCAUCAAUCACCCCCCUCCCCACAUACCCUCCGUCAGCAGAUGGGUAGCGUUGUGUUGGGUGAAGGUGUGUUUUUAAAAUACAGGUAAGCCGUUCCAACGGAUGGCGUGUCCAUUUUGGCGCAACCACCGUGUGUUACGUGGGGAAGAUUUAUACCGCGCCCAGCAGCUCCAGUCCACACUUACCACAUCGGUUUUAAAAGCCGAACGGCACCCGUAACAGAGACCUUCACAUUCUGCCUCCGGUCCUACGCCGGCACUGGAGUCGCGGAUCGUGCAACCGUUUCUAAGGAUUAGGAAGUAAACGAAUCGUUUACUACUUCGGCACAUCGCUUAGGCGCCCCUGCAGGAGUAUCCACCACCACACGCUAGGACACUACUGAUAGUGAUAGUGAUAGUGACAGGAAGCCCCCCGUUUACUUAACCAAGUCGCCAUACUGUAACGCUUGUAAUACUAAUGUACUUUAAAGGGUAAGAUAUCACGCGUCGUCUGUAGUAUGUUUUAAGUUAAGGUUAGGUUUAGGUCACGCCUCAUUAACGUUUGCUUAACUUUGCCCGUCCGAAAAAAAAAGUUGUGCAAUAAAAGCGAAACAGCUUCUGUUUGAAACUAACCAACAAACAAGCAAGCAUUGUUUUCUUCUUUGGUAGAUGAGCGCUGUUCAAUAAUUUGGUCGGUUCUUCAACAUUGAGCCAUUAAAAAUGAGACCAGUCAGAAUAGAGUCAAUUCCUUCUGCAGCACACAAUGCAACUCAGAGUCAGUUCUGCCUAUUAUUAUUCGACACAAGAUUAGCUAUGGUCGAUCAAGUCCUGCCAAAGCCUUUCGUAGACUUAUCUGUGUGAUUGGCAAAACCAUAAAGUCAUGCGCAAGGGAGCUUCUUCCGUAAGAGAAUAGACCCUACGACGAGCAUGUUGCUAGGGCGUACGACUUGAAAACUGAACCACCGGCAUCGUUUUAUUAAAUAUGCUGUAAAAGGUACAUACUUUCAUUUCCAAGGGAGGACGUUAUGCAAAUUUUAACAUUUUAAUUUUCGAUUCUUCUUUACACUGGUCCCACUGGUUUUCAGGCAUUACCAACAGUCAGUUCUUUUAUUCGGGUAACAGGUAUUACAAAAUGGGACAAUUACAAAUCAAAGGGGAAACAAAUAGUAAUAAAAAAGGUUUCCGUUUUAAAUUAUUAAUAGAGGUAUACAAUAUCUGGAGAUAUGCUCACAGGUGCUAGCCCAAACAAAGUGAAUGGUUGCAAGUGAGUCGUACGUUACACGCUCGGUGUCGUGUUCCAACGAGAAUCAAACUGGAAGCGGGUUCCUACGACAACCGGUGCAGCUAGCGAACGGAGACUCCACUUGCGGUGCCAUGUUGAACGGAUGGGACCGUCCGUUAUCCAGACGACAUCAUGCAAACAUCAUGAGCAUGAUCAUUGUCAGGUGGAUCAUGUCAACGGGACCAGCAGGCGACGAGCAACCAACAGCACCAGAACAUCGGAAACACACAAUUAGUCUUAGUUUUGCUGCUGCAGAAUAAAGAAGGGUUUAUUUUAACAUACUCGGGAUCUUCCCAAAUAUAGUUCUUGAUUUAUAGAAUUAUUAUUAUAAAAAAAUAUUCCCAGCAAAACUUUAAAGAGCAAACUAAAUUACAAUAAAGUUUACAUAGAAUUACAUACAAAUUCAUAAAACAGGAAAACAAAUAACUAUAUUCAAAAACACUAAGCUAAUGCAGAAAAAGUAGUCAAACAAUUAAUUGCACAGUUCAGUGUAAUAAAAUAUUGCAUUAAACAACGAAUUAUAAAACACUACCACAUAGAAUGGAACACCGUCAUGCCACGGCGUGCGUAAAACCAGACAUCGAAACACACCCGAGUCCCCUGCCCAUCGCGAACCAAACAACAUCUAACAGCAUGACGUAAAAUGAUAAACAAAAUGCUUCAUUUCCCCCACCCCAUUGCUUCACGCGUCUGCCGGCA